AGCUGCUGUCUCGCCUUGCCUCCCGGGCAGCCCCUGCGACUCCCGGGCGCGUGUGCACGCCUGCGCGCGCCCGGGCCCUUCCUGGCAGGCUGCUUGUAAGAUGAGUGAAGAAGCAGGUGGGGGAGAGGGGAGGCAGCAAGCGAGAGGGCGAGGGGAGCGCGGGCGCUGAUCGGCGCUCACUUGGAGCGCGGCGAGCAGGCAAGACGAGCCUGAUUCCAUGUCCCCCGCUGCCUCCCUGCCAGACGCGCGAAGAUGAUGGCCAUGAACGCCAAGCAGCCUUUCGGCAUGCACCCGGUGCUGCAAGAACCCAAAUUCUCCAGCCUGCACUCCGGCUCCGAGGCCAUGCGCCGAGUCUGUCUCCCAGCCCCGCAGCUGCAGGGUAAUAUAUUUGGAAGCUUUGAUGAGAGCCUGCUGGCACGCGCCGAAGCUCUGGCGGCAGUGGAUAUCGUCUCCCACGGCAAGAACCAUCCGUUCAAGCCCGACGCCACCUACCAUACCAUGAGCAGCGUGCCCUGCACGUCCACCUCGUCCACGGUGCCCAUCUCCCACCCGGCAGCGCUCACCUCGCACCCGCAUCACGCAGUGCACCAGGGCCUCGAAGGUGACCUGCUGGAGCACAUCUCGCCCACGCUUAGCGUGAGCGGCUUGGGCGCGCCAGAGCACUCGGUGAUGCCGGCUCAGAUUCACCCGCACCAUCUAGGCGCCAUGGGCCACCUGCACCAGGCUAUGGGCAUGAGUCACCCGCACGCCGUGGCGCCUCACAGCACUAUGCCCGCUUGCCUCAGUGACGUGGAGUCAGACCCUCGCGAGCUGGAGGCCUUUGCCGAGCGCUUCAAGCAGCGACGCAUCAAGUUGGGGGUAACCCAGGCGGACGUGGGCGCGGCUCUAGCUAAUCUCAAGAUCCCUGGCGUGGGUUCACUCAGCCAGAGCACCAUCUGCAGGUUCGAGUCUCUCACUCUCUCGCACAACAACAUGAUUGCUCUCAAGCCGGUGCUCCAGGCCUGGCUGGAGGAAGCGGAGGCUGCCUACCGAGAGAAGAACAGCAAGCCGGAGCUCUUCAAUGGCAGCGAGCGCAAGCGCAAACGCACGUCGAUCGCCGCUCCUGAGAAGCGCUCACUCGAGGCCUAUUUUGCCAUCCAGCCACGUCCUUCAUCCGAGAAGAUUGCGGCCAUUGCUGAGAAACUGGACCUUAAAAAGAACGUGGUGAGGGUCUGGUUUUGUAACCAGAGACAGAAACAGAAACGAAUGAAGUACUCAGCUGUCCACUGACUGCGGCGGGGCAAAGCAUCGGGAGUCGGGAGAUGGCAGGGACGGUUAUAGGAAACGCCAAAGUGUUUCCUAGCAGGUCAGGCUCUCUCCUCCGAAGCCACAGACUUUCCCCUUUAUCCCGCCUAGUUGCCUCCCGGCCUUCUCUUUUUCUUUUUUUCUAUUCCCACCAAAAAAGUUUUGGCGCUAGGAAAAAAUGCAAAAGUGGCCGGCUUGGUGGGACUUGUGCUGUCCGUGGUGCUGAAACCCGCACUCGCACGUUGGACAGCGAGACCUCAGGGCAGGAGCCUCAAAGCAGAGGAUAGUGGAUUGGUUCCGCCGCCCGACGAUGGGGUGAAAGCGCCACUUUGCUAAGAGCAAUUAGGCAAGGGGUGAAGGGAUGGAAAGGAAGUGAUAAAUAAUAAUAUAAAGUAUAGGAUCUAAGUGGAACACAAACGUACUGGAGAUUUAUUAGAGUAUAUAAAAUACACUUAUGUUUCCAAAGGAUAGCCUUAUACUCCCUUCUCCGCCUAAAUUCUAUCCAUCUUAUCCUUGGGUUUGCAGUAAAUUCUCAAAAAGUAGCAUGGAUUAGGUUCAGGGAAAGUGUGUGGAGAGUUGGGGGCUCUGAGCUGUUGGUGGUAAGUAGGGCUCCGGAAAAGUGGGCCCAAUCCAGCGACUGAAAAUGCUGGGAUCCCUUGGCUAUUUGUAAGCAGCAGCCACACCAGCUCUGGCCAUCCUUCACGACCUGCUGGCGUUUGAGGGGUAACUACUGCCGGUUGGAGGGAGGGAUGGGGAGGGAGUGUGUGGGGGGAUGUUGAGUUGGUAGUGUUCUGACCAGACUGAAUGAGGACUCUCCGACCUCAGCUGCUGCUCUUGCCAGACUGCCGGCUCAGUGCUCCAAAGUGACUGUAACUUCUCCGAAUCAUAUGCAAGUCCUUCCAACACAUCUAACCUCUUUGCGCUUUUAUUACUGUUGUUGUUGGCAUCAGUUGAUUCCAAUUAUUUAUUUAACUCCGCUUCUUUCCUUCCUCUUUAUGUGAGUGUCUCUCGUUGGAGGUUCACUUAUAGUUUUGCGCGGGAAAAGGAGCAGGACCACCGACCUGGACUUUUCCCAUCCUAGUCCCUCUGACCCCAUCAUGUUUUAUUUUUUCGUUGAUCCUUGUAGUUUGUGUGUUGCGUGUGACCUUUGGUUUCAUUCUCUGAAUUGAUGCAAAUAAAAUAUUAAGUUUUUU